CAAAAGGGACAGCAAUCAUCUCGCUGCACUUUCUGCAUAUAUUUGGGAACGAAAAACAUAAAAAAGACAACAUUAUCUGCUGGACUAUCUUACAUUUGGGAAAACUUGACGUUUUGGAAUUAAGAAACAUUAUUUUUUAGGAUUUAACGAGGAUACCAUGUUGGACAGAACAAUGAGAUGGCAAGUACUGUUGUUUGUCGUGAUUUUUGAGCUCGAUUGUGUAGCAGGGCAGGCAACGUACUCUGUUCCAGAGGAAAUGUCAAAAGGCUCCCUUGUUGGUAACAUAGCUCAUGAUUUGGGGUUGGACGUGAAGAGACUGAAGUCCGGUAGAGCCAGAAUAUAUACAGAAGAUAAAGCAGAAUACAUCGAGCUAAACACAGACAGAGGACUCCUGGUAGUCAAAGAAAGGAUCGACAGAGAGACGCUGUGCGGACAGACAACGCCUUGUGCUUUACAUCUGCAAAUUACACUCGAAGACCCGAUUGAAUUUUAUUCUGUUAAUGUCGAAAUUAACGACAUAAACGACAAUGUGCCCACCUUUAAGAAGGAAGAGAUGAAAUUUAGGAUCAGCGAGUCGGCUGUGAUAGGAGCAAAAUUUGUAUUGGAGAGAGCGAUGGAUCUAGAUGUGGGGAUGAAUGGGCUGCAGAGUUAUUCUCUUAAACCAACGGAUAAUUUCAUUUUAAAGCUCAACAGUCAACAAGAUGGCAGCAAAAAGGUGGAGAUGGUUUUGCAAAAGCCGCUGGAUAGAGAGGCGCAUGAUCACAUCGCAUUAACUCUUACUGCCAGUGAUGGCGGAGAGCCUCAGCUGUCAGGAACAAUGCGGGUGGAAAUUGUCGUGUUAGAUGUAAAUGACAAUGCUCCGGUUUUUACGCAAGAAACCUAUAAGGUUACUGUUAUGGAAACUGCUCCAAGAGGAACUAUUCUGAGUACAGUUCGUGCAGUAGAUGCAGAUAAAGGUUCAAAUGGAAAAGUGGCGUAUUCGAUAACAAACACCCUAGAUGAUGUGCCAAAUUUAUUCCAAGUAGCGGAAGAAAGCGGUGUUGUAUCUUUAAUUGGAAGCUUAGAUUACGAAAAGACACAGCGCUAUGAAAUACACGUACAAGCUGGUGAUGACGGAGGGCUGACAGAUUCGUGCAAGAUUAUUGUUGAAGUUACCGAUACAAACGAUAAUGAACCUUCUAUAAAUGUUAUGUCUAAAACAAAAUCGGUAACGGAAAAUUCCAAACCAGGUACGGUGGUUACAAUAAUUAAUGUUCAAGACGCUGACUCUGGGGAAAACGGUAAUGUUGAGUGUAGCAUAGAGGAAAACAUGCCGUUUUUGAUAAAAGCAACUUCGAAGAAAUUUUACAGUUUAGUGACAGACAGUGAGUUAGACAGAGAGAUAGCUUCUAGUUAUAACAUCACAGUGACGUGCUCUGAUAAAGGAGUACCCUCCCUCUCCAGUGGCAUCACUCUAACCUUGGAGAUCUCUGAUGUAAAUGACAACACUCCUGUCUUUGAGAGGAGCUCAUAUGAGGCCUACAUGGUAGAAAACAACACACCAAGUGUGUCUAUAUUUACUGUGAAAGCCACAGACGCUGAUUGGAACCAGAAUGCCCGUGUUUCUUAUAUAUUGGAGGAAUCCUCUAUUAACGGAGUGCCAGUCUCUUCAUAUGUAUCUGUAAGUGCUGAUAGUGGAGUCAUCCAUGCAGUUCGCUCUUUUGACUACGAGCAGAUCAAAGAUUUUCAGUUUAUCGUUAAAGCGCAAGAUGGAGGCUCUCCUCCACUCAGCAGCAACGUCACUGUGAAAAUCCUGAUCCAGGACCAGAACGAUAAUCCUCCUCAGGUUUUGUAUCCAGUCCAGACUGGUGGCUCCAUGGUGGCGGAAAUGGUUCCUCGUUCAGCAGAUGUGGGCUACCUGGUGACUAAAGUGGUGGCUGUGGAUGUGGACUCUGGACAGAAUGCCUGGCUCUCCUAUAAACUCCAGAAGGCCACAGACAGAGCGCUGUUUGAAGUGGGCUUACAGAAUGGAGAAAUAAGAACUAUCCGUCAGGUGACUGAUAAAGAUGCUGUGAAACAAAGAUUGACUGUCAUAGUGGAGGACAACGGGCAGCCCUCUCGUUCAGCUACAGUCAUUGUUAACGUGGCGGUGGCGGACAGCUUCCCUGAAGUGUUGUCGGAGUUCACUGAUUUUCCACAUGAUAAGGAAUACAAUGACAACCUGACUUUUUACUUAGUGUUGGCUCUGGCUGUGGUUUCCUUCCUCUUCAUCACGUGUUUAGUGGUUAUUAUAUCAGUGAAGAUCUACAGAUGUUAUUCUGUUAUCUCUGAAUGUUUGCGGUUAUUUAUUUGGUACUAG